GGAAGAGCGGCCGUUUCCGGCACUUGGCGGAGUUUUGCUGCCGGGUGACGGCGGCGGGUGACAGAAAGUGGCGGGGCGAUGCCGGAGAUCGAGAUCCGACAUGUGGUCUCCGCGAGCAGCUCCGACACGACUCAUUGUGCUGAGAACCUGCUCAAGGCUGACACCUAUCGCAAGUGGAAGGCUGCCCAGGCUGGGGAAAAGCAAGUCUCGGUCAUAUUACAAUUUGAAAAAGAGGAGCAGAUUCACAGCAUCGAUAUUGGCAAUGAAGGCUCUGCCUUUGUGGAAGUGCUGGCUGGCAGCUCUGCCUCCUCCAGUGAGCAGAAUUAUGAGGUGCUGUUGGUUACAUCCUCCUUCAUGUCCCCCUCAGAGAGCAAGAGUAGCACCAACGUGAACAGAGUCCGUAUGUUUGGGCCAGAUAAACUGGUGAAGGCAACAGCUGAGAAGAAGUGGGACCGAGUUAAGAUUGUUUGUACCCAGCCGUAUACCAAGUCUCUGGCUUAUGGCCUUUCCUUCGUGAGGUUCCAUUCUCCUCCAGACAGCAGCGAGACACAUUCCAAAGCGGCUUCACCGAAGGUCACCAAAUUGGGCCAGUUUAAGGUGAAGGAGGACGACAGCAACUCCAGCUCUCUGAAACCCGGUGCUCUCUUUUUCAGCCGUGCCAGUAAACCCCUGGUCUCCCCUCCUAAAGCAUCUCAGAAUGACCAGCCUUCACCCAGUUAUGCUGCCGCCUCACUACAGACCAACAGAUCUCUUUCUCCUGACUCUUCAGCAUCAGCGGUGGACAAACCCACCACCAAAAUGCCACCCAAGGAACCCACCCCAGUCAAAAGGAAGUUUGAGUUCAGCAAAGAAAAUGCUGGCCUUUCAUCAGCAACCAAGAAAGCUAACCCUGAUAAGGCCCGUGUUACACACCCACCUUCCAAAAAACACAAAGUUUCUCUCUCCACGUCUCCUCCCCAGAAGACGCUGCCUUUCAAAAAAGCUCUUCCCACACAGUCUUCAGAGGAGACGGCAGCAAACGGGUCUUUCCAACAACUCCUACAGGGUACCGUCUUCGUGCUGAGCGGCUUCCAGAACCCCUUUCGCUCUGAAUUAAGGGACAAGGCCUUGGAGAUGGGGGCCAAGUACCGUCCAGACUGGUCCCCUGACAGCACUCACCUCAUCUGUGCCUUUGCCAACACCCCCAAAUACAGCCAGGUGAAAGGGCUCGGGGGCAUCAUUGUACGGAAAGAAUGGAUCCUGGACUGCCACCGUACCCGUCGGUGCUUACCCUGCAAAAGGUACGUGAUGGGUGGCCCAGACUCGUCCAGCAGUGAAAAGGAAGAGGAGAGUGAGGAGGAGACCCCAGCUCCACCUCGCAGACCUUUGACUCCUCAACAGAAAACAAGCGUGCCCAGCCCCAACCACCAAGUUAAGCCUGCCACCAGCCCCAAAGUAAAGCAGGCGGUGCCACCCAGAGUGUCUUCCGGGGAGGAAGAGGAGGAGCCCACCACCUCUCACAACAGCAACAUCCACAACCAUUCAAGGGCAUCCAGCGGCGACGAGAAAUUGGCAGGUCUUCAAGACAACGGAGACGAAGGGUCUGGUGACACCGAUGACGAGUUAAGGAGAGUUGAAGAGGAACACCGCAAAAAGCAGCAAGGCGGACGGAGGAUCGUUCCGGAACCAGACAGCGACCCCUACGCGGGUUCCACUGACGAGAACACAGAUGUUGAGGAACAGGCGGAGCCAGAUCAGCCUAUCCCAGAACUUCCAGAUCUGUUUGUGGGCAAAUGCUUCUUCCUUUAUGGUGAAUUCCCUUCUCAGGAACGACGCCUCUUGAAUCGCUACAUUAUAGCUUUUAAUGGAGAACUGGAGGACUACAUGAAUGAGCGUGUAAACUAUGUGAUCACGGCUCAAGAAUGGGAUGACACAUUUGAUGAGGCUCUGAAUGACAACCCCAACCUUUCCUUCGUGCGUCCCCGUUGGAUCUACAACUGCAAUGACCGGCAGAAGCUGAUUCCCCACCAGCCGUACGUCGUGGUGCCGCGAGCGUAGGAGGAUUACCUGCCGGAGUUUGUAUAUAAUGUAUAUUCGUCUCUUUUGGGGGAAGAUCCUUAGCUUCCUGACUAGUUGAAACAGGGCACUCCCGUUGGGAGAAAUUGCCUUUCUCUGAAGCCCUCCAACCAUAGGGUGGUUUGGAUGGUCUUUGGUUGCAUUUUUUUUUUUUCCCUUUCCCCACCCAGUUCUUCCCCCACUUAUCAUGUCAGAAGCCAGUCUGCUUUCGGAAAGCAACGCUUGCUGCGGGCUGCUCUGGAACAGAGCUAUGGUCAUCUUCCAGGACGGAGAAGGCGCUCCCUUAAAAUUAAGAGCCCAGGGUUCACCAAUGACAAAAGUUAAUGUACAGAGCCAAAUUCACAGAUCUCUUCGCGCGCCUUUGUAUUUCUUGCCCUUCUCGCUACCCACUUAGUAUUGGUACUCCUCUUUCUCUCCUUCGUCUUCCCAGGGCAUUGUGGGGAUGUGUUCUGGCUGAGCAUCUUUUGGCCUCUCCCUGUGGAAAUGUCUUUCUACGUACACCGAACCCCGACAGCAGCAAACCUUGAUUUUCCUAGCAGGGAGUUUGGGGGUUUCACAGAAGGAAAAACUUGUCCUGUUUUUCACCCAGGUUAGUUCCAAUUUCACGAUAGUAGAAAUGCGGCUUGUCCCCAUUGUUGGUGUAGGUCAGGGGUCUGCAAACUUGGCUCUUUUAAGACUUGUGGACUUCAACUCCCAGAGUUCCUCAGCCAGCUUUGCUCUGGGAGUUGAAGUCCACAAGUCUUAAAAGAGCCAAGUUUGCAGACCCCUGGUGUAGGUAAACCUCUGUGGGUCGUACCAUUUGCAGACAAAACCAAGCUCGUAUUUAAAAUGCCAAGUUCGACAAAUCGCAUUCAUGCCUUCCACAUGCACGUUUUUCAGAAAGAAAGAACAAAACACCCAGGAAAGGAAAAAAAAUGGCAUCCCAUAAUCCCCGCCCAAUCCUGGCUUGUGUUGACAAAUGCAACACUGAUUAGAAGUGUUAUGUAUGGGCUCUGUUAAAUUAAGUGAACACUUUUCCCUGACCAAUUAUUCUAAGAGGAGGGUGUUUGGCCUAGACCAAGGGUCUCCAACCUUGGCAACUUUAAGCCUGGCGGACUUCAACUCCCAGAAUUCCCCAGCCAACAAAGCUGAAUUCUGGGAGUUGAAGUCUACCAGGCUUAAAGUUGCCAAGGUUGGAGAACCCCCCGGCCUAGAUAUACGAUGGUAGCAAAGUUGAGAACGGAAGUAUUAGAAGAAUUCCUGAUUGCUUAAACCGUUAUCACAAUUUCUGGGGUAGGUUCGUGUGGCUGAAGUCUGUCUUUUCAUUUUCAAUGAAUUUUUCUAAGUUCCUCUGUCGGAAAAUAAGAAACUGCUUUAGUUAAUUUCAUGAUGGAAUUGUUCAUUUCCGCAGAGCAUUGUCGGUUUCACUAUGAAUUGUUUUGCCCCCUCCUGCUUCUUCGGAACGAAAAAUAUUGGACCAUUUUUAUGCGUUCUUUUUCAGAGUAACGUUUCUUAACCUUGGCAACUUUAAAACGAGUGAAAUUCAACUCCCAGAAUACCCUAGCCAGCAGAAUUCCCCAGCCAGAAUUCUGGUUUGGGGAACUCUGGGAGUUGGAAGUCCAUGCAUUUUAAAGCUCUCAAGGUUAAGGCGAUUUCCCGUUCCCCAAAAAUUCACGUUCCUCCCCACUUUUCAGUUGCUAUAAACUGGGCUGGGAGGUCUUGAAUAAUCUACCUCAUUUUUACAGCUGAUUUCUUAUUUCCCAGUUCUGUAUUUGCAAUCAAACCAGCCAUUCUACUCUUCGUUCUUACUUCUUUGCUUUCCCAGGGAAAAAAACGUUAAUCGGAUGUGCGGAGUGUUAUACUUGUGAUGGGCACUGCAGAAUUGGAGGUCCGUCUCCCAUUGAGACAUCCUUCAAUUGUAGUGUAUUAAUUAUUCUCAAGCAGAUUUUUUUUAUAUAUAUAAAGAUACUAAGUUGGAAGCCAGAGAUUUUUCCCUGAAGCCUGAAUUUUGUUUUAUGUGCUGGAACUCUCAAUCAUAUACUUAGGAGUGAGAUACUUGAGGAGAGAGUUCUCCUUCCUACCACUUGUUUCGUUUUUUUUAAAAAAAGAAAUCAAGACGUAGAAUAAUUUUGGCUGUACUUUCACAUCCCUUCUCAUCCUUUAUCCUGGCAAUUCAGAACUUGUCCAGAUAAGGAGCGGCUAAAAUACGUUCCAUUCUGGCUGGAGUUUGCUCAGUUCUUUUCAACUUGAGUGGAUUUCCUUGGUACAGACGAUGUCUUCCCCCAACAAAGGACACUUGCAGUUUGUGGACUUCAGUUCCCAGAAUUCCCUAGCCAUUCUAAUAGUUAACAGAGAAUUCUGGGAAUGAAAAUGUGCAUGUCUCGAAGGGGCCAGGAUUGGAGAAGGUUCAUAUUCCUGGUCUCGGAAGAUGGAAUAUUUGCAAGGGAGGCUUGUUUCAAGAAAUUAGCUUUUCAGAGCACAUUAAAAAGAGCACAAAAGGAAUUUGCAUGUGUCUCUUUUAAGGAUGCUAAAUUGUAAGGAGAAAGGAGUUCACCGUGGCAGCUAAACUAGCUGAAAUGUUUUACUAUUGUACAGUCCAUGUUUCACAAAAGACCGAAGGGCUUGCUUUGUUUUCUAUAAAUUUACACCUUGGUUUAGCAGUUGUUUUGAGGUUCCAGCGACAAAACUUCACGGGGGUGUAUUCUUGUUCUCUUUUCCUAUAUCAUGUUAUGGUUUUAAUAAAACAAGAUGCAAGUC